AUGACGAAAGCUUGGAAAGAGCACAAGGACGUUAUCGCGAGGCUCUACAUCAAGGAAAAUCGUACCCUGGAUGAGGUCCGGGAGAUUAUGCAGCAGGACUACAACUUCAAGGCCUCGACAAGAUCAUACCGCCAGCACUUUGACCAGUGGGACCUGUCAAAGUAUAACUGCAAGAAGCGUACCGCCCGCCGUCAGAGCCGCGACUACCAGCAGUACCCCGAACAGCAGCAGUACACCCCUUCCGCUGCUGCUGCUGCCGCUGCCGUCGUCAUCGUCCAGGAGACUUACCCAAUGAGCCCGCAGAGCUACGGCAGUAGCAGCGGCAGCAUGAGCCCCGAGUCCGAGAUGGACAACGGCGGCGGUAGGCUUGACGACAUGGACGUCAGCCAGUCGUAUGGAGGCCAUCAGUACACGUACGUGGGUCAGAGCCAGAGUCAGAGUCAGGGCCAGCCUGUUUUGCAUCAACAGUAUACCCAGCAGCAGCAACAUCAUCACCAGCAGCUGGAGCAGCACCAUCGACAGCGUCAGUCCUGGGAUAACCAGGUGCCGCGGAGCAUAUCCUCGCCGUGGGAUCAGGCUGCUCUCCCCAGCCCUCCCGCGGAUCUGAGCGGAGACUCGUUCUUCCAGAUGUCUGGGACGGAGGCGCUAUCUGCGCAGGGCAGUCAUCGUCCGCAGGCUUACACAACCGUCAUUCAUCCCGAGCAGUAUCGUCAGCAGCAACAGCAGCAGCACUACCACCGACAACAGUCGGCUGCGGAUCCUCGAAUGAUGCCGACGCGCCUUUUGGCUCCGGCUCCGCAGCGUCCGGUGAGGCCGGAGCGUCGGGAGUCUGUUCCAUAUCAGGGUGCUAUACACUGUGGGUUCCAUCGUUCCGGACUAUAG